AUGUCAGCAGGAGGUGAGGCUUAUUGCUCGCCCAUACGGCGGCCCAUAGGUUGCAUAUCCGCGGAUACAUCAUUGCGGAGUCCAUUGGGAUCGUGGUACUCGUGGGCAAGAGAUCAAUCACGGACGGGUAUGUCUCCAGUGGGUUCACCGCAGGGCCGCAGCUUUGCUGUGCAUUCGCGUCCUGAUGAUUUUACACCGCGGCGUGCCUCUCCUGUUGCGCCAAAUUAUGCCUCUCGCACUUCUGGAAUUGGGCCAAUGUCCCCCCGUUACGCCAUUGUUGCCCGUCGGCGGUACCAAGUGAUGACGGCGGAUUACCCUGCCUACCCACAAGGAACUCCUACGCGGAUUUUGGCAUCCCAUGGCGGGACAUACUCUUCCGCUUUUUUAAAUGCUGGUGGGGUGGGGUCUUCCGCGCGUUAUUCAGUAAAAAACGCAAGUGCAUUAGCGACGACAUCACAGUCGGCGCAGCAGUCCUCGUUACUCGAUGUCGUUGGUGUGUCGCGUCCCUCAUCUGUUCAUCCGUCGCAUCCACAACAAACGAAACAGCAACCGCAAAAACCCAAAGAACCCCAAAAACAGCGACAAAUUGCGACUCCAGGACAAAAGUUGCGGGUGAGCCGAAAGGAAGAUGAUUCCAUUGUGACAAGCAGUAACGAUCUCUCCAAUACGGAUGAUGGGAUUACUGUACCGGUUAAAGUGUCGAUUCCGUCACCGUAUCCAAGCAGUGGAGCGCCAAGGACGGCUACAAAUCAACUGAGUAUGAGCAAUCCGACGGAAGCCUUCCCGGAUUACAAAUCGAUUGCAGUGGAGCCUAUUCCUCAGCAGAUUGUGCAAAAGGUUUCGAAUCCUGCGCUGCACUGUGUACAAAGGGCAAGUGUGCAGGGUACUUUGCAGGUAUCAUCCACGAUGGAGAACAGCUUCCUUGACAGUUCACGAUGCAGUGACCUGAAUAUUACUCCUAACCGAGAAUUACCCAUUCAUGAAAGCUUGUGUAUUACGCCGCACCCAAAACCGACACCUGCCGUAUACGCGGCUCGUAUGUAUCCAACACAGCAGUCAACGACUGUUCAUCGAUGCCUUAAUGCCAUUCCUGCACCAAAGGCACCGCCGCAACCAAUAACAGCCCCAGGAAGUACUACACCAGGGACAACUCCUGUACCAAGUGACGAAUGCAGCCGAAGCAGCACUGAAACUUUGAAUCUAAUCAGUCGUUGCGCACGGCGACCCUCGCCGGUUUACAAUGUAAUUUCAUCUUUUGUUUCAUCUCGCCCACUCAUUGAAAAAUUUGUUCUACGCUGGCGCAAUCACUACGAGGAAAACAAGAAUGCAUACUGCGAAGGAGGCUACAUGAGUGUUACUCCAGGCAAAAAGUUGAACUCUCGCUAUGUGGUGGUACAAAAGCUGGGCUGGGGUGAAUUUAGCACAGUCUGGUUAGCCUAUGACACUAUGCAUAAAACUUGUGGCAAACCACAUCAAGCCUUUGUUGCGCUAAAAAUUGCCAAGUGUGAUAAUACGGUUUCUGUGAGCACGCAAUAUGAGAUCAAUUUACUCCGCUAUAUUGGGAUGCAAGCGUCUCCUUUUGCGCCUCUGACGAAUCUUGUAGACCAUUUUGAGGUGCCUGGUCAGUAUGGAUCACAUGUAUGCAUGGUAAUGCCAUUACAUGGCUCAAAUCUUCUUAGUAUCAUUGAUCAGAUGAAGGCCAAAAAGGGAUUACGUUCGGCUCAGGAGAUUCGUCUGAUUAAAGAAAUUGUCGCUUCGGUCCUUGUAGGACUGCAAGAACUUGACAAGUUGGAUGUCAUCCAUACGGACAUAAAACCAGAAAAUAUUCUUUGCUCCUUACCCGAUCCCAAAGUUUUGGACGUGAUUGAAACAUUUUGCCGACGCAACAAGGACCGCUCAGCGAUGGUGCCAUACGAAACCGUACGGGAUGCUAUCUCACAAGGGGAUCCAAACCAUCUUGUUUGUCUCGCGGAUUUUGGUCUCUCAGUUGCUUUGAAACCGCCCAAUGGAUGGGAUAAUUCGAAUGAGUCAAGUGAAUCUAAGUUGUUGUUGAAGAGUCUAAUCGGAAAGAAAAGAGAGUUCCCUGUAGAAAAACCGGGUACCGUCACAAAUCUGCGGGGUACAAUGGUUCAAACCCGUGAAUAUCGUGCCCCUGAGAUUAUCAUUGGUCUAGAUUUUAACACACGUACCGAUUUAUGGAGCGUUGGCUGUAUGGUGUUUGAAAUUAUUACUGGUGACUUUCUUAUGGAUCCAAAGCGUCGCACAAAGAACGAGCGUAUGAUGGACGUUGAGCACCUGGCAAUGAUGAUGCAACUCCUUGGGCCUAUUCCUGAUGAGAUCAUUCGUCUUCGUACACGACGAGAUCCAAAACGUCCUCCGCCACGUUAUAUUCAUCGUUAUUUUAACGAGAGUGGUCGGUUCAUUUACUCCGAAAAGUAUCGGCUUUACCCGCGACGACAUCUAGAUAGGGAAUUAGAAACAUUUCUGCCUACGGCUGAAGCUCAAGGGGCUGCCGAUUUCAUUAUGCAUUGCUUGUCGUCAUACGAUCCGUCAAGGCGCCCAGCCGUGCAUGAUAUGUUGGCCCAUCGGUGGCUCUCGGAUGUCAUGGGGCAGCGGAAGUGUUGA